AUGCAGUUCGCCAAGUCUCUCAUUCUGCUCGCAGCCCUCACUGGCAGCACUCUGGCCAGACCCUCUACCUUUGAGCGCCGCCAGGCCGCCGCAACAGGCUCCAGCUCCGGCAGUGACUGGACCUCUACCCCUUCCAGCGGCUCAUACUCCACCGCUGGCUUCGGUGGCACCACCAGCUCCUCGGGCUCUGGUGAAACCUACUCCGGCAACGUGGGCAGCCCCUACGGCAGCAACAUCAUCAGCAUUGACGCCGCCUCCGCUCCCAACUACAAGUACGUUGCGCAGUUCACCGGCUCCAACACCGAAGACUGGACCGUUGCCGUCUUCAACAAGUACGGUCCCGAUGGCAAGAUGACAGGCUGGUUCGGCAACGCCUGCGAGACCUUCACUCUUGCCCCCGGCGAGACCAAGUACGUUGCCUUCGAUGAGGACACCAAUGGUGGCUGGGCCGCCGCUGCAGGUUCCUCCAUCCCCACUGAUACCUACGGUGGCUACGCCUCCACCUGGGGCGAGUUCGACUUCGGCUCCACUACCAACAGUGGCUGGUCUGGAUUCGAUGUCUCUUGUAUCUCUGCACAGAAUGCCGGCAUGUCCAUCUCCGGUAUGAAGAUCUGUGACGCCCUUGGCUCUGUUUGCUCUUCUAUUACCAAGGAUGCCGGUAUCGUCGAUAACGCUUAUACCUCUGCUGAGACUCCUAUCGGUGGCAUUGGUGCCAACUUGGGCGCUGGUCCUGCUCGUCUGGCUGUCACCAUUGACUACUAG